AUGAGCUCGACCGCCACGCCGCCGCCGCUCACCGUCGAGCAAAAGAUCCAGUCCGGCCUCGAUGCAAAGGCAAGGGGAAACGACGCAUUCACAGGCGGCGACCCAAAGGCCGCUCUCAAGCACUACCACACAUCGGUAUUGUACCUCGCGGGCCUCGACCAGAUGGGCCUCGCCUCCAUGAUGGGACACGUCACCAGCCCAGACGGCGGCGACGUCUCCCCCGUCGAGGAGGGUGACAAGCCAGACGUUCCUCCGCACAAGAAGCACCUCAGCCAGACCUACAGCAACAUGGCGGCGUGCCACAUCAAGCUGCAGAACUACCCUCGCGCCCUCGACGCCGCAGACCGCGCCGCAAAGGCCGAUCCGACCAACAUCAAGGCGCACUUCCGCAAGGCCCAGGCGCUGCGGCUCGGCGGCAGCCUGCAGCAGGCCAUCGACCUACUCAAGAGCGUCAUCCAGCAGCACCCGCAGGCAAAGGAGAGCCUCUCUGCCGAGCUGGCCCUGUGCGAAAAGACGCUACAGGCAAAAGAGGCCCAGAGCCGCAACCGUUGGAAGGGCUUCCUCGGAAAGAAGCCCGACGUGCUCUCGGCCAGCGCCGGCGAGGGCGAGGGAGAGGGCGAGGCCAAGAAGCUGGACAAGGGCAAGGCAAAGGCCACGUAG